AUGAGUCUCCCACGGAGAAAUGGAAAAGAAGCAAGUAACCUUCAUAGCAACCGUCUCCAGAUUGCUUCUACUGACAAUAUGACAAAAUGUCACGCGUUGCCUAAACGUUUGCAAGUCAAUAGGAACAACACUACCUUGGGAGUCGUUAGUUCGAAGCAGUUGGACCAUGUACGGACAUUCAUUGCACAGCCAAGUCAGAAUGACUCGUUGACAUCGGCUAGUGCUCUCGAUGACGGGAAAAACACUGCUUCAACACUGGAGCCCCGAGAAUACCAUCUUUCACAAGAAGACGAAAAGAUCAUCAACGCAGUCAUGCUGAAGGUUGCCGAGCUCAAUGUUGACAAGCUUCCGGACUCUUCGCUUGUCAAGGUUUUGACGUCUAUCUACCUUGA